UAAAUGAUAAGGCAAAUGCAGUCAUUUUGAUAAGAAUUUUUUAAGUGAACCCAUCUCUGUGGCUAACCAGUGUUAGAGACAGUAAUAACUGUGCUAGAGGUGACUUUUAUUAGCUUAUUGUGGGAGGUCCUGGACAAGGCCCCAUUAAGCUGAUUUCAUGGGUAUUUGUGCCUCCGGCCACAUGGGUUUGGAAUUCCUUUGGGCAUUUGUUUUAAAGAAGGAAAGGAACAGAUGAAUGGUAACUCCCUUAUUCCUCAGCGUCCCUUGUGUUGGGGGAGACAGAGCCAGCAGGUUGUUGGAGGGAACACAGCGUGUGCCACAUGCUCUUUGGAGGCCCCAGGGGGUGUGAGAUGGUCCCUAACCGAAGUCCGUCAUUCCUGCAGGUGAUGGCGCUCGCAGAUGCCGUGGAGGAAAACCAAGCCAGUGUGUUCCAGGCGUUCAGCAGGCUGCGCAGCGCCACGCACCUGCUGCUUCUGCUGGUCGGGCUGUGGCAGAAGCUCAGCGCUGACCAGGUGGCCAUCCUGGAGGCGGCGUUCCUGCCUCUGCAGCACGACACUCAGGAACUGGGCUGGGAGGAAACGGUGGAUGCGGCGGUUUCCCACCUCCUGAAGACCUGCCUCUCCAGGAGCUCCAAGGAGCACGCUCUGAGCCUGAGCAGCCAGCUGAGCAAACCCAGAGACACCAGCCGCCUGAAGAAGCACAUCACCUUGCUCUGCGAUCGCCUGGCCAAAGGCGGCCGCCUCUGCCUGAGCACCGACGCGGCGGCCCCGCCCGCCAUGGUCAUGCCAGGCGGCUGCGCUCCGAUUCCAGAGUCAGACCUGGAGGAAAGGGCAACAGAACAAGACUCCACCGAGCUGUUCAGCAGCCACAAGCACCUCACGGCGGAGCCGCCCAGGCCUGAAGUUGCACCCCUGCAAGGAGUCUCGGAGUAGUUCACGUAGAGUUGUCCGGUUGAGGGGAAGAUGGCUUGCCCCGGGCUGACGCUGUGUGGACCUCGUGCCAAGUGCAGGCAUAGGGCUGGCCCAGGUGCUUCCUCUAUCUCACCUGUCUGGACAUGGCACUGUGUAGAGAUGGAGGCCAGGACUUUUAUUUUGAUGGGCAAGUCCACUGAAACUUGUCCUACCAGGAGAGGACGUUGCUGCUUGGUCAUCCGUGGGUUUACAGCCACGGGAGACAGUGACACGGCAUCUUUCUGGGACAGACUUUAUAAUGCAGAGACCUAGAUCCGAAAUAAUUUGAUAACCAUUAUUUUUCAGAAUUCUUAUAUAGUACAUGUAUCAAGUUUAAUAAAACAGCUCAUUGUCAAACAA